AAUUUUGGCCACCGUAACGACGUCGUUCCCUCCUAAAAAAUUGGACUACUCCAAACCCUAAUUUAGUUUGGGCUCGCACAAGCUUCAGUCUUGACUGCUCUGCAAAACCCUGCAAAUUCAUCGGUGUUGAGGGAGCUACUUGAGCUCGUUUUUAUUUGUGUACCGUUUCAACUAUCUUCCUUGUACAGAGAGUACAGAGCUCACAACUUUGAAGGAGUGACGAUGAAGCUGUUUGAGGUCAAUGGAAACACACUCUCUCUUGCUCUCUUCAUUGAAGUCACCAAUUCCAAGGAACUGCUUGACUCGAUGCAAGCUGCGACACUAGAUCCAGAAGUGGCAUUUCUGAAUGCUUCACUUAUCCCAGAUGUUUUCCCUUUGCUUGCAGCUGCACAUAAGACACUCAUAUCCAAGUCCCGAGACUCACUGACAACACGCACUCUUCAUUCUGAGCUUGUUUACAACUACUCAGGAUCCAAGCAUAUCACAGAAUCCUUGAAAAGAUGUGGUAUCUCCGAAAGUUCAACUUAUGUGCUUGCCGCUCGUUUCAAUGCUACUUCUGAUGAGAUAGAACAGAAAGCAGUAGAGAAACUUGUCAAUGGAAAAGAGAUUAAUUUGGAGGAGCUGGGAGGGAGAGCAGACCAAGCCCAGAUACAGAAGCAUUAUAAGGUAACUAGCCAGGAGUUAGGGAUGUCCUCACUUGCUGAUGCUAUUACAUGCCGGAUUGCUGCGCGUGACGCCUUGUGAGAUGCAAAACUAGCAACUUGUUUGAUGUUCUGGGGAUUAAGGAUACAAUUAGGUGGCCAAGGCACUUCUGUUUUUAUUAGCAAAUUGAACUGUCUGCUGGUAUGUAGAGUAAUUUUUCGGCAAAAGCUGGAAUUUUAAAUUGUGAGGCUAAAGCCUAUAGACCCUGUAAUGAAGCUAUGCAAUAGUACCUUAUAUUGUGAGGC